AGAAGAAAUGCCAAGACGUCUUCCAGUGAAGCCAGAUAGGUUCCUAGGGAAUUUAUUUAUCCUUUUAGUCUUUAUGGCACUUAUUGUAGUGUAUUAUAGCGUAAUCAUUGAGACUCUAGGGCCAAAACUAUUGACAAGUAUUCCAGCGAAGCUCUUAACUCUAAUUUAUCACUAUUUUGUUGCUAUGUUACUCUGGUGCCUCUUCCAGACAAUAAUGGGAGAUCCAGGACAAGUGCCUACAUUUUGGGGGUUUCAUUUCGGAGACCAUGAGUCCAAAAGAAAGCGAUAUUGAUUAAUGUGAAACGUAUUCAAGCCAGAAAGAUGCCACCAUUGCUCAACAUGAAACAGGUGUGUCCUUAAUAUGGACCAUCAUUGACCUUGGGUUAACAAUUGCAUUGGCUUUUGGAACAGAAAACAGUUUGUCCUACUCCUAGUGUAUGUACUGAUCUGAGCCUACCUCUCAUUUCCAAUAUUGACCUGGGAGCUAUACAACAGACUUCCAGUGGAGUAUGAAAAGUUUUCAAGAGAAACUACAAACUAUAUAGGAUUCCUGCCACUUGCAGUGACUCUGUUUGGGUGGGUAAUCACUGGUGCUGCUUCUUAUCUGAUGACUAACUUCCUCAGGUUUCAUAUUGAGCUGAUCUUAAGCAAUAAAACAACUAUUGAAUUUUUAGAGAAGAAAGGUGAGGAGUUUGAAUCCCAAUAUUGACUUUCUCCAAAAGAAAACUGGGAACAAGUCUUUGGCUCGAAUAAGUUGCUCUGGUUCUUCCCAGUUUCUUGGGCUUCAGGUCAUCCAAUGGGGGAUGGGAUCUACUGGCCUUUAGCUUCUGAUAUGCUUCCAAGUAGCCAUACCUCUCAACAAGAAGGUAGCCAGGAGACUAAGCGCCAUGAAUCUGAGAAUAAGGCAUUAAUGAACCAACAUAAUAGUGUGAAGCCAGAUUCGAGUCGCUAUGCUAAUUCAGCAAGAAAUCUUAGUGAUAAUAAGGAGAAUAGUUACAACCCAAAUAUAAAUUCUGAUCGAGAGAAGGUCCAGAGACCACCUCUCGAAAGUCGUAUUGACACUGUCAUCAAGCAGAAGGAUGCGAACACUCUUAUUGUACAUAGCCAGGAUAGGAACCAAACCUUGAAGAAUUCCUUAAUGAAGAAAUAA